AUGGAGACGAGGCGUCAGACGGAGGCGAUCCUUGCCGCCGGUCAAUUCAAUUUGAGCAGAUGGGCCGCGAACGUGCCCGAGCUGUGCCUUGUUGAGAAGUCCAGCGACAAGCUCUUCUAUGAUCGAGACGGGGUCAGUACCCUGGGAAUCCUGUGGAGUCCUCCCGACGACUGCUUUGCCCUGAGGGUGGUUUCCACCUUAAACUCGGGCAUCUGUACUAAACGGACCGUUUUGUCAGACGUGGCUCGCUUCUUCGACCCUCUUGGUUGGGCCGCUCCGGUCCUGGUCUUUGGCAAGAUCUUUAUUCAGGAUCUGUGGAUGGCUGAACUCUCGUGGGACGAUCCCCUGCCGGACCACUUAAGGACGGCGUGGACGACGUUCGCGGAAACUUUGCCUCAGUUGAACCAGCUGCGCAUCCCGCGUCACGUGGACUUCCUUGGGCCGGGAAGUGCGGUCGAGCUGCACGGCUUCUCCGACGCCUCUAGACGUGCCUACGCGGCGGCAGUCUACUUGCGAUAUGCAAACGCGACCGGUGGUUUCACGGUCAGCCUAUUGGUGGCCAAAACCAAGGUGGCUCCGGUCAAGCAGCCCUCGAUACCGCGUCUGGAGCUCUGCGGGACGGUUUUACUGGCUCGACUUGUACGCGCAACCGCGCGAGCCUUAAACAUGGAGGAGGUCCCAACCUACGCCUGGACGGACACCACGGUGGCGCUGGCGUGGAUUCGGUCCCAUCCGACACGCUGGAAGCCCUUCGUCGCUCACCGAGUGACUGAGGUGCAGGACCUCGUGCCACCGGCGCGGUGGAUAUACGUGCCGGCUGACGCAGCAACGCGAGGCAUAUCCCCGGCGACGUUAGCGGACCUCCAUCUUUGGUGGACUGGACCGCCCUGGCUCUCUCGCUCGGAGUACUCUGCUCCCGAGCCGGGUCAUGUCGAUUGUGGCCUUGAGGAGGAGGAACUCAGGCCGCGAGCGAUGUUCGUCGCGAGACCCGAGUCUCGCAAUGAUGUACUUCAUCGAUACUCCAGUUUCGCGCGAUUGCUCCGUGUCUCUGCUCUUUGUCUUAGAUUCCUGGACAAUACACGGCACUCUCAGGAUAGGCGGACGGGAUUCCUUACAGCGGAGGAACUCAGCUCGGCUCGUAGACAGUGGGUACGAAUCGCUCAGGCCGAGGACUUUUCCGAGGAGAUAGCCCGCCUCAGGAACAAGCGGCAGUGCCCGGCUGGGUCUCCCUUGCUGCCUCUCAGACCUGUCCUGGACUCGGAUGGGCUGCUGCGGGUGGACGCCUUCAGCAAGCGCUCCUCCCUUUCGCUGAGAAGCACCCGCUCAUCCUCGCCAAAGACAGCUACCUCUCACUCCUUCUGGUGCGAGAGGCCCAUGCGAGUUUGCUUCACGGAGGACCUCAGUUGA